AUGGACUACUCAAUUAGCUUGCGAAACAUGGUGACAGGCUCAACAGUGUUUGGCUACAAUACCCUUCCCGAGUGUGCAAGCAGCUGCAAGAUACUUCAGGCAUCAGAGGCAAAUUGUGUUCCGCCGGCUGCCCCAGUAUCCAACCACUUCACCUACCAAGAUUGUGUCUGUCAAUCAACAUACCUGGCAAGCCUCCACAAAAGUGGUGCUAUAUGCCAUGAAGCAUGUGAUGACGAGGAUAACGAACUCAUUCACCAAUCCUACAAUCGAAUGUGUGGCCAAUCCGACAUACCGGAGACGACCAAUUCCUAUAGCACGCCGACAACCAACUUGUCAACACUUACCACUAUAUACACAACUUUAGUAACGAUACAGACACCAACAAUGUCUGCUCCACCACCGCAACAAACACAUAUAGAGGCUAUCAAAGACCAAGAACAAUGGUACAUAGGCGAAAUGGUCACACCGUAUAAGCGCACUCCUGACGAACCUGUAGGCUACAACGAAACGGAAAAUACUUUGCCAUAA